UUACAGCAUCGAUCAACAUUCAACUUUCAAGCAUCAAUCUUCUCUCUUCUCCUCUCUUACUCUCUGUUUCUUAAACUUGUUAGUUUCACCACGAGAUGGCGCCUCUGUUUUUGGCGAUAUUAGUGUUGUUGGGUCAUUUUAUGGCGAUCUCAGAGGCCAAUUUCAACCAGCAUUUUGACGUGACUUGGGGCCAUCACCGCGCCCAGAUCAAGGACGGCGGCCAGCUCCUGACGCUGUCACUGGAAAAGGAUUCCGGAGCAGGAUUCCAGUCCAAGAACCAGUACCUCUUUGGCAGAAUCGAUAUGCAGAUCAAGCUUGUCGCUGGCAAUUCUGCUGGCACCGUUACCACUUUUUAUCUAUCAUCCCAAGGACCAAACCACGAUGAAAUCGACUUCGAGUUUCUGGGAAAUUCCUCUGGCAAUCCUUACACUCUUCACACCAAUGUUUUCAGUCAGGGAAAAGGUAACCGGGAACAACAAUUUCAUCUUUGGUUCGACCCAACCACCGCUUUCCACACCUACACUAUCCUCUGGAAUUCCCAACGGAUCAUAUUCCUAGUGGACAACAUACCUAUAAGAGUGUUCACGAACAUGGAAUCACAGGGAGUUCCGUUCCCUAGUAAGCAGCCAAUGAGCAUUCACUCCAGCUUGUGGAAUGCGGAUGACUGGGCUACCCAAGGAGGGCGGGUGAAGGCUGAUUGGGCCAAGGCUCCUUUUGUGGCUUCUUACAAAAAUUUCAAAGCAGAGGCGUGCAUCAGGAACCCACCGUCCGCCUCCUCUACUUGUUCUCCGGGAGCUUGGCAAACUCAAGGAUUGGACGCCGCUGGUCGGAAUAGAAUCCGAUGGGUGCAAAGCAAAUAUAUGAUCUAUAACUAUUGCACUGACCUUAAACGGUUCCCUCAGGGUGUUCCCUAUGAAUGCAAACAGUCUAGGUUCCUCUAAAGCAUCAACAAAUGGAGCCGAGCCGACACACAACAGAUCAUCAAUUAUAUUCAAUUAAUUCUUUAUUUAUUGUAAUUAUUUCAUCACAUAAUUCUUACCUGUAUGAAUGCAACAAUGGAUUGUAAAGAUAUUCUUAUUUGUUUAUGAAUUAAAGCCUGAAUUUAUUCUUCAAGAGGGGCUUUGUAGUCCAAAUUUUCACUUACUACACAAUAAACAAUAGAGCAUGGG